CAAAUGGUUCUGUUUCCCCAUAUUGCAUAUUAAAAAUCAAAAUAUAAUAUUUUCAAAUUUUAUUCUAAAUCAAAUGGAUAUAAAUCAUGAUGCACAAGAGGGGUUGCAUCUAUGUGGAGAAUCUGUGAGGGUGCCAGAGAAAAGCUUUAGAAGACUUGUAGAAAUCACAUUUGACAUCAUUUUGGGAAAAAGGGAUGAAGGAAGUUUUGACGCAUCCAAUACACUUGAUUCAGUUAAUCCUGGUACACUAAAGGAAAGUUAUAGUGGCUUGGUUACACUGAUUAUAGAGGCUGUGAAAACUGACAGUAGUCUCACUGAUAUAAGCACAUAUUUAGAAGAAUGCAAGUGGGAUACAGAUAGGAUUGAGUUUUUCAACAAAAUAUUUAAUGAAACAAGACCACAUCUUCAAGCACUACUAAGCAGCACAAGAACAGUAUUUCCACAUAUUGUUGAUGUUGACUGGAGAUUGGAUUACUAUGUUAAGAACAAAUAUUUAGAUAAAGUAAAUAAACCAACAUACUUGAUUUCACUAAAAACUGAGGAAAGUAACAAAAAUGGUUAUUCUGAUGUGCAGUUUUCGUGCUCGAUGGAACAAUUACAGGAUCUAGUGGGAAAGCUGAAGGAUGCAUGUAAAAGCUUGGAGAAGGCCGCUCAAAUGUAGAUUGAAUUUCAUAAAGAAAGUUGAGUCAUCGUAAGCUUAACAUAUUAAUUCAUGAUGUCAUCUGCUCUUCCCGUUCACAUGACACGUUCUGUGACAAAAAAUAAUAACCAACAGCGAUAUUACCAUCUAAAUCAAUCGUAAUAAAACGGCUACAACCCUACAUUAUUUUUUGUUCAUCCACAUUAACGAUAUGUAAGUCCAUAUACUAGGUGGACUGAAACGGCCUGAUAUAUUAUGAGGGAUAUGCAAUGUACAUUUCCAGUAAUAUAUACAAAGCGUUUUGCGUACUCAAAUGACUGUGGAAAGUUUCGGCGCAUAUUUUAAGAGCACAGUGUGAGUUCGUUGCAGAAUGUGCUGCGUGGACCCAGAGUAGAAAUUAAAUACAGAGGUGAAGGUGUGUACCUUAGAUAGCUUUAUGUCUAUAAUUUUUUAUUACACAAUCCAGUGCAAUCGUUAGUAAUUUUUUAAUGUACAU